AUGGAGGGCCUAGACUCCGUUCUCGGGUUCCAAAAACUUUCCACCGCAUAUCUAGUUCGGUAUCCUCCCAGUCCUCCCACGACAGAGAUUAGUUCGAGGAGACAAUCAGAUACAGCCUGUGAUUUUGAACUUUCGACGUCAUCAUCUGAAGGCGAGCUGGGACGUGAGGUUUCACGAAUUUACCCUCUUCCACCGAAAAGUCGUUCUGGUAAUCAAGUUCUUACAGAGGAUCUGAAUACACCGGACAAUCAUGUUAUUAGGGAUCCUCGGUUGAUUCGCCUUACGGGCGUCCACCCUUUCAAUGUCGAGGCGCCUUUAACCGAGCUUUUCAACGAAGGAUUUUUGACAUCGAAGGAUCUCCAUUAUGUCCGCAAUCAUGGAGCCGUGCCUCGAGUUGAGGACUCGACGGUCAUGGAUUGGGAGUUAACUGUUGAAGGCAUGGUGGAUAAUCCUAUCAAAAUCAACCUGGCGCAACUGAUACAUGAUUACGAGCAAGUAACAUAUCCCGUCACACUAGUUUGCGCGGGCAAUCGGAGGAAAGAACAGAAUAUAGCAAGGAAAACAAAAGGGUUCUCUUGGGGGGCGGCGGGCUUAUCAACCGCACUCUGGACCGGUGUUGUUAUUGGCGAUCUAUUGAAGAAAGCUAGGCCGAAGCGAGGGACGAAGUACGUGUGCUUUGAAGGUGCUGAUAGAUUACCGAACGGCUAUUACGGAACGUCUGUCAAGUUGAACUGGGCCAUGGACCCUAAUCGGGGUAUCUUGGUUGCUCACAAGAUGAACGGCGAGGCCCUUACUGCCGACCAUGGAAAACCUCUUCGAAUUAUUGUACCAGGGCAGAUCGGCGGCCGGAGUGUCAAAUGGUUGAAGAGAAUAAUUGUUACGACAGCUCCCAGUGAUAAUUGGUAUCACGUCUAUGAUAAUAGAGUAUUGCCAACUAUGAUCACACCCGAGAUGAGUGCCGAUAUGCCCGAUACCUGGAGGGAUGAACGAUAUGCUAUCUAUGAUCUAAACACGAACAGUGCCACAUGUUUUCCAGCACAUGACGAGAUUCUACCCUUAACCCAAGGCGUCGAGAACUACGGGGUUCGCGGUUAUGCUUAUGCUGGCGGGGGCAAGAGAGUAACAAGGGUUGAGAUAAGUCUCGACAAAGGAAAAUCAUGGAUACUCGCCAACAUAUCAUACCCGGAAGACGAAUAUCGACUCGCUCCGGAAGAAGAAGAACUAUAUGGCGGUCGUCUAGAUAUGUCCUGGAGGGAGAGUUGUUUCUGCUGGUGCUUCUGGGACUUGGAUCUUCCAGUAACCCAAUUGCAAAAUGCACAAGAUAUCCUGGUACGAGCCAUGGAUGAAUCUAUGAUGGUUCAGGCGCGAGAUAUGUACUGGAAUGUACUCGGAAUGAUGAAUAACCCGUGGUUUCGGGUUGUCAUUCACAAGGAACCCCAUGCCCUACGAUUCGAGCAUCCAACUCAGCCGGCACUAAUACCUGGUGGCUGGAUGGAGCGUGUAAAAAAAGCAGGAGGAAAUAUUUCUAAUGGAUAUUGGGGGGAGAAGUUAGCGGGCGAAGAAGAGACGAUCAAAGAGGAAACAGCAAAAGAGAUCUGUAUGAUCAACCAAGGGGUCAAUCGCAAAAUUACAGCGGAUGAAUUGAAGCAGCACGAUAGUAAACUUGAACCAUGGUUUGUUGUUAAUGGCCAAGUAUACGAUGGAACCGGCUUUUUGGAAGGGCAUCCUGGUGGCGCUGCCUCCAUCUUUGGUGCUGCGGGACAGGAUGUCAGUGAAGAAUUUCUUGCUAUCCAUAGCGAGAAUGCCAAGGCAAUGCUAGUGGACUACCACAUAGGAGAGGCCAACGAAACAUCACUGGCGAUUCUAGCCGGCGAAGAAAACGAUGCCAGUGAUAGCUCAAUACCACGACCGACCUUUUUACAGCCCAAAGUGUGGACAAAGGCCAUCUUAUCAGCCAAAGAAAAGGUUUCACACGAUACCAAGAUCUUUACCUUUGAUCUUGAGCACGCGGAACAAACCUCCGGGCUCCCCACCGGUCAACAUCUGAUGAUGCGGUUGCGCGAUCCUGUCACACGCGAAGCCAUCAUACGGUCGUAUACACCUAUCUCAGAAACCUCACGGAAAGGGAAAAUAGAUGUACUUAUCAAGAUUUAUUAUGAUACACCUGGGAAAAGAGGCGGCAAGAUGACACAGGCGCUUGACUCAAUCCCCAUUGGCCAUUUCGUAGAUAUCAAAGGGCCAGUGGGUAAGUUUGAGUACCUGGGCCGAGGUCGAUGUACAGUCUCCGGCCGAAUGCGCAAUAUUAAGCGGUUUGUUAUGAUCUGCGGCGGUUCCGGAAUCACGCCAAUAUUCCAGGUUCUUCGAGCGAUACUGACCGACCCCGAGGAUAGUACUUCGUGUCUUGUUAUUGAUGGUAACCGCUCCGAAGAAGACAUACUCUGCAAAGACGAUCUCGAUAAGAUGGCUAUCCAAAACUCCGAUCGAUGUCGUUUAUUAUAUGUGCUGAGUCAACCUAGGCCAUCAUGGAGUGGCCUACGGGGUUGGACGGAUCGAGAGCUCCUUGAAAGGGAGAUCGGCUCCUAUGAUAGGAAUAUCAAUCAAGAGGACUUGGUGCUCAUAUGCGGACCUAAGCCGCUUGAGAAGAGCGUUCAUGUUAUGUUAAACGCCUUGGGAUGGAAUGAUGAAGAUCUGCUGUUCUUCUAA